AUGUUGGUGCUGUGGGGAGUCAUCGAAUUCAACGUGGGCAACAUGGUGUCGUCUCUGCCGUUCCUGGCACCCGUCUUCCUGCGCAAGGCCAGAGAGUACCGCACCAAGCAGUCGCGCGGCUACGGCUCGUCCAACGGUCAAAGCGGUCGACGGAUCGGCAAGGGCAGCCAGCUCACGACAGGAAAGGGCGGCGACAGCGGGUUGCGGUCCAAGAAGGGCACCACGGCGUACGCCACCGCAGGGUUUGACAAGCACAGCACGAGCGGCAGCGAGGAGGACAUUCUCAGGAAGACGGACGGAAACCAGCACCCGAGCGCGCGCGACCACGACCUACCCAUCCAGCACCACGAGCCCAACGCGAUCAUCAAAUCGGUUUCCUACUCGGUCAGGGUGGACGACGACACGGCAUCUGGAAGCGGGCCAAGGUACAUGUAA